GCCCUAUUUCAUCGAGUAUCAUCAUUCUACUCACAUAAACUAGGAUAUUAAGCAUUUUCUUUUCUUGAACCUAAAAUCCAAAAGUCCAUAUUUUCAAGUAUAUAAAUCACGUACGUACACAUCACAUUUGCCCAUCUUUGUUACACCCUGCCUGCCCCUCAUCCUCCUAAUAUCAGAUCCCAAUAUCACGCCCUCCACCACCAACAAAAACACAAACUGCAAGUCACAAUGAAGUGGAUCACCCAGAUCGCAACCGCGCUGCUAGCCACCACGGCACUCGCAGCACCCGCACCACCAAAGCAACCAGGCGAGACGACAUUUUACAACCUGCGCAUCUCCAGCCGAGUCAACAAGAACAUCGACGGCAAGCUGCUGUCAGUCCACCAGAACCAAGUGGGCGUGCACCCGGGGUCGCCGGCGGUCCGCUUCUUCCCCGUCGACGUCUCGGACGGCACCGAGGCCAACGUCAAGUACCAGCUGCACACGCACCCGAUCGGCAUCGUCGAGAGCGUGCUGGGCCUGGUCGGGACCGACGGCCUGGGCACGCUGACGCAGAUCAGCGACCCGUACUCGAUCGACGUCCCCGACGGCACCAGGGUCGACUGGUCGUCGUGGGACAUGGUCGAGGGCAUCAGAGACGCUGGUGGUGAGCCGGCGGGCACCAGCUACCUCGAAUACCUCGGCUCCCCCGGUGGGAGGUGGAUCGCUUUCCCCUCGGGUGAGAAGGAUAGUUGGGUCGUCACUUGGGAUGACGGUACUGGCGUCCUCCCUCAGCACUACAUGCCGAUCAACGUGACCUACGAGCAGGUCGAAUGAGGAUGAUAUUUGUUAAAUGGACAGUACCAAGGUGGUACAUUUACAUAUCGCGUUUAGCCAGCCUCACUGAUUCUCUUGAGAAAAACUCUGUAAAGAGUCGUGCUCAACGAAAGGUUGUAUUUACGACAAAAGUUCAGCCCAAAAAUAUAUCUUGUAGUACUCAUACCAAAAGUUUCAAGUCCAAAUCCAGUAAAUAUUUCGCAC